CAUUGAUUUUUACCGGGCAUAUCUUCCUUUGUUCCGUUGAUUGUUGACAAACGUGUUCGUUUAGCAUAUCGACUAUUGUCGUUACAUCGAACAGUUUCGUUCUCUCCUUGAAGCGACGUGUACGACUCGAAUAUUGUAUUCAUUGCGAAGAGAAUUUACGUGUCAAGGUUGUCCGCAUCCAUUGGAAAAACAGAUGAUCGUUCGAGCAUAAUCGCCCCUGUCAUUCAACGGGUACGCAUAUAAAGUGCAUAGAACGAUGGAGGUAUUGAUACACGAAGCGAGCAACGGGCAGGAAAUCAACGCGAAUCAGGCAGCGACUCGUUGCACAGGCGAUCUUAAAUUCACGUCCAAAACAAAACGGGAGGACAUUGAAGCGCUGUCUCAGAUUGAGCAUAAGGAUGACAAAGAAUCGGUCGACAUCAUCUUCGAGAACAUCACUUAUACCGUGAACCUCGGCUUUAGGAAAGGCCACAAAAAGAUUUUGCAUGGACUUAAUGGAAGACUUCCCUGCAAACAGCUGAUUGCUCUGAUGGGACCAUCUGGCGCGGGAAAAUCCACGUUACUCGACGUCUUAUCUGGCUUUCGUAUAACUGGUGUAGACGGUAUUGUACUAAUCAAUGGUCGCAUUCGGCAUCUCAAUUCCUUCCGAAAAUGUAGCGCGUAUAUUACGCAAGACGAUCGAUUAGAACCGCUACUCACUGUAAUCGAAAAUAUGAGAGUUGCCGCUGAUUUAAAACUAUCGUCGAAUACAUCGCAAUACGAAAAGGAGAUGAUCAUCGAAGAAAUUCUUACGACACUUGGCUUAUAUGAACACAUGUAUACGAGGUCUGGAAGAUUAAGUGGCGGACAAAAAAAACGUUUAUCCAUCGCCUUGGAAUUAGUUAAUAAUCCGACGGUGAUGUUUCUUGAUGAGCCGACGACAGGUUUAGACAGUUCAUCUUGUAUGCAAGUUGUAAACUUACUGAAGAUACUGGCACGGCAAGGGAGGACAAUAAUUUGCACUAUCCAUCAGCCUAGUGCAUCCUUAUUUCAACUCUUCGAUCAAGUAUAUGUCUUGGCGAAGGGGGAAUGUCUGUAUCAAGGAACAACGAGGAAAUUGCUACCUUAUUUAGAGAGUCUGAAACUACCAUGCCCUAUGUAUCAUAAUCCUGCUGAUUACAUCAUUGAACUCGCUUGCGGAGAGUACGGCGAAGAUAAAAUCAGUACGUUGAUAAAAGGAUCGCAAAAUGGGAGCAAUUUGCAGUGGUUUGAAAAUUCGGUAGAUCUGAUGGAUGCGAGAAGUUUAAGAGCGACACGUCCUUUGACAAAUAAAUUUGCCGACAAUAGUUUGCAUGCAACCAAUCUCGGUCAUCAAAUCAAAAUCUUGCUAAGAAGAGGCUACAUCAUGUGUAAAAGAGAUACGACAUUGACACACUUACGCAUCGGGGUCAACAUAAUCGUUGGUUUAAUGUUGGGCUCGGUUUUCUUCCGAUCCGGUGCCGAUGGUUCGCGUGUUUUAGACAACUACAAUCUCCUCUUCUCAAUCUUGAUGCAUCACAUGAUGACGACGAUGAUGCUUACUAUAGUGACGUUUCCGAUGCAGAUAUCUAUCUUGGUAAAGGAACAUUUUAACAGGUGGUACAGCUUGAAAGCAUUCUACACCGCUAUAACGUUAAUUGACGUGCCAAUUUCGAUAACAUGCUGCAUCAUUUUCUCAUUAAUCAUCUACUUGAUGUCGGCACAGCCAUUGGAGUUUAUUCGAUUCUUCAUGUUUCUAACUAUCAGCAUGUUGGUGAUGUUUAUAGGGCAAGGUACCGGUCUCAUGAUAGGCGCUGUGUUUAACGUUGUGAAUGGAACAUUUAUGGGACCGACACUAUCAGUACCAUUGAUGAUGUUCUCCGGAUUCGGUGUCUCAAUACGCGAUCUACCAUACUAUCUCAAAUGGGGCAGUCAUAUCAGUUAUUUAAGAUACGGCUUAGAAGGAUUCAUUGGAGCCAUUUAUGGUCUUGGUAGACCAAUUCUAGAUUGCAAGGAGAAGGGUGAGCUGUACUGUCAUUAUAGAUAUCCCUCCAAAUUUCUUUCCGAUAUCGCUUUGAAGGGGGACCAAUUCUGGAAUGAUAUUAUUGCGCUGACCGUGAUACUAAUCAUCACACGGUGUGGCGCAUAUCUGCUUCUACGAUUGAAAAUUAUAUCGUAUCGGUAAAGACAAGCAUAUGCAGAUAGGUCUUCGCAACAAAAUAGAACUAUUUUGUUUACAUUCUGAUUGGACGUGAGUGCGACAUAUGCUUGAUGUUCGAAUUUAUAUCCGAAAUAGAAACCGAAAUCGUAUUCUCGCCAAACGAAUAUAUUUUUUCGAUUGAUCGAGUUUUAUUUGAUUGAUUAGUCAUUCGUUCUAUCGGAUCGUACACAUGUUUAUUAUUAUCGGAAUUUAUCCCCGAACAGGUAUUUAUGCGGCAAAAAGAGUGCCAUAAAUUUUUUACAUAUUUGGUAUAUAAAAUAAUUGUACUCAAUAUGGUCUAAAUGUACUUUUUGUAUUAUUUUUUUAUCGGUUUUCUAAU